AAAUGUCAAAUUAAUACAUUUCGAAAAGUGAUUUUAUAUAAGAAAUAUUAUAGACGAUACAUGCGCUUACAGCACAGAAAAGUAGAUGGAAGUGUCUCUGGUGCGGGUCGAUGUCGUCACAAAUAAGAGAUGACCAGUAUUACCUUCAUCGUUAUAAAAUUCUUGCCGCGAUUUGUCGUCAAUCAAAUAUUAAGAAUUAUUCCAUACUGUUCGAGGAGAAAGAAACAUUUAUCUAGUGGAGGUAUAUCAUUUCGCCGACGGAAAUUGAAAAUGGAAGACUUAACCAGAUUGUAUUGUCGCCCGUUACCUUCGGAUUCGCCUUACGUGAAGCCAUUCCGUUGCCACUACACUCAGGGUGGAAAACAGAAGGACUGGGAUAUGCUGGAGGUGCAUGACAGUGUGGCUAUCAUCAUCUUCAAUGUCACAAGAAACGUGUUGAUUUUCGUCAAACAAUUCCGGCCCGCCAUAUACUACAGUUGUGUUCUCCCGGUCGACCGCGAGGAAGAUGAAGUCGACACAUCAAAGUACCCAGCGUCUCUGGGCAUCACCCUUGAGAUGUGCGCGGGCAUCGUCGACAAGAACAAGUCCCUGCACGAGAUAGCGAGGGAAGAAGUGCUUGAGGAGUGUGGCUACGACGUCCCCAUAACCGAACUUCACAAGAUUAUUUCUUACAGGGCUGGCGUGGGUGUCCAAGGGUCGCUCCAAACUAUGUUCUACUGUGAAGUAACUGAUGAAAUGAAAACCGCGAAAGGGGGUGGCGUUGACGAUGAAAUCAUAGAAGUCGUAGAGCAGUCAAUUCCUGAGGUUGAGAAGUGGAUAUCGACGCCCGGACCUCACAACAGCCCGCCCUCCUGUCUGUUCGCCGUCAUGUGGUUCCUAUUAAACAAAGCCGAGAAAUACAGAAAGUAGGUUCAGAGUUCCUCCUUAACACCUGUAAAGUUGGCAAACAUGAAUAUUGGCGUUAUUCGAAUAAAUAGUCGCACGUGCCAAUUGAGUAAAUUGCUUACCAUAAGAAUUUUCACGAGAUCUUUUAUUAGAACAAAAUGCACGAAGCUUUUAGCCUUGAGUCAUAUUGAUUGUUUAUUUUAAGAACGCCAAUUUUUAACCAGUAACUUUUUAUUAUAAAAUGCAAAAGACAUGAAUACUCCUUAGGUUCAAUCCUCACUGACAGAUUAGCGACCGGAGGAGCGACUAAAGCUCCUAUGCCACCAAACGAACUUUUACCAACACGUAUAAGAUACAGAUUAUUUGUAAUGUAACAACAGCUUUGCCGGCCCCUUUCUUUCAUUGGGAAUUGACCCUAAAAUAACCUAUGAACUACUUCUUUUCUGUCAAGACAGGUCGUAUGAACUAUACUGUUCAGAAUGUAAAGUCGUUCCGGACUCUGGAUUCUUUGCGACAUGUAAGCAUUAUUAGAUUACCUGUUAUUAGUUUAUCAUGAUAUAAUAUGUAUUAAAAGUUUCAUCUAAAAUGUUGUAAUAUUGAAAUUCAUUUAUCCGACAUUUCCUGAAAUAAAGUAUAUUUUUAUAGUCGCUAUUAGCAACGGCCAUGUAACCCAUCAUCAUCAUCAUCAUCAUCAGCCUAUCGCAGUCCACUGCUGGACAUAGGCCUCUCCAAGUGCACGCCACUGAGAUCGAUUAAACCCAUAGACGAAUAAAACUCCGUCCAAAGCUUCAAUAUAAUAGGGAUGACGAUUGGAUAUAAAAAUAAAAAUCUAUUAUGUCAGUUCGACACAUAUUUAGUAAAAGAAUCUUAAUAUACGUAUUUUGCCUUUUUAUGAAAAGUAAAAUUUGUGGAACAUAAACUGCUAGCAUGGAAGUGAUAUCAAGCUUAAGUCCCAUUCACUGUAAUGAACCUAUUUAUGUUUGCGGCACAACAAAAAAGGUAUGUGGCAGACAGAAAAAACAAAAAUGUUGUCAUCACUAACAAUGUAUACUUAAAGUGAUGUCACGCGCAAUUUGGUAAAUUAUGUUUGCGGGUUAAGCGAAAGAAAAACAAUAUUAUUCAUCUAACUACCUGACGAACAUGUCGUCAUCCCUAUUCUGUCAACUAGCUGAGGUGGAACGAAGCGGGCUGGUCACGGCUGCUGCGACCUUGGCCUUUCCAAGGUUAAAGUGAACGCGGUACUUUUUAAGGCUUACUGCAUAUUUCGAAAAUAAUUUGAAAUUGUUGAGUAAUGAGUGUCCUGAAUAUAAAUAUGUCUUGUUCAGACAUCGGUCAUCUGAUAUGGGAUUUAUGGUCGUUGAAUAAUGGUCACUCUUUAUUAAAUUGAAUAUUUCACUUGUAAUAUAUAUUUCCGUUAUAUUGUACUGUAAUCCUACCUAAUGUCAAUAGGUUAUCCAGUAAUUAUUACAUUAAUUAUGUACACAAUUAGUUUGGAAUUAAAUUAUUAUAUACUAUAUAAUACAUAUUAUUAUGUAAUCAGUUGUGUAUUGACGGAAGUUGAAUUCAUUUGUGAAACAUAAAAAAAAUAUGUCGCCUUAGUUUCAUUUCUGCUAUUUGUAUUGUUAGUCGAUAUGAAAAUGUAGUUUGAAUUCAGUGUUCCUUAUAGAUUCCCAGUAACUUUAGUUAUGGAUAUGUAUUGAGAUUUUAUUAUUAAAGUCAGAUAGAUAAGUUUAAAAGCCUUUAGAGGUUGAGAGUGUCUACUACCUCCUCCUAAAGUAAUAUAAUCAUAACUUGAAUAACACUUAUCUUUUUCCAAUAUUCCUUUACUAUUAUCGCCUAAGAAGCUCGAUUGUUUUAUUAUUUCAAAGUAUAAUAUUCUGAUUUGUAAUAUAAUUUUACUGAUACUGUUUGUGCUCAACGUAAUACAAUAAAUAUAUGAUGCUCGGUGUUAAAAAGUACCUACCAUUCAUUCGAUACACAAAAAUCAAAGUUGGUGUAUUAAACACAAUGAAAUAAUUAAAAAUAUGAAAUGCAAUACACACGUAGUUUUGAAUGAAAAAAAAAAGAUAAUUAUAAGUGUUAAACAAUAUGUGCAAAGUAAUUAUAAGGACACGAAAUUAUAAUUAUAGGAAAUAAGAGCAUUUCACUUUUGGUUGGUUAAAAAGAGAUUUUAUUUUUAUGUAUUCGAAUUGAAAUUAAAAGACAGCCCGUUUUAUUUUUUUAAGGUUUUAGGUAUUUCUUACGUCCAUAAGCUUUGUCCUCUUUUUAGGUAAUUUAAGUGCUUAAAUUUUAGGCCUUUGUUAUGCUAGGCAGAAUAACUGUUGCGGUUCUUUGCAUCAGAAUGUUUCUCGCAAGAUCCGUCUUUCCGUCUCGCACCGCAACGGUCAAUUCAAAGCAUAAAAAAAAUAGCCCUCAGAUGAAUUUCCAAAGUGAAAGAUCGUAAUUUGUAUAAAAUUGAGGCUAGUCUCAGCAAAAAGUGUACCUACAGAUAAGUGACGUCACGUCAAGUUCCAACUUAUUGCUGCAUAAUCUUCAUUUUUUUUAUAUGCGAUAAAAUUAAAAGUGCUUAUUAUCUCAAGAACUAGUAUUAUAUUUGUAGUUACUAUAUCCUAGUGUUGCGAAGGCCUUAUAAUACAUUGUUCAUCACAUUUCAGCUUCUUACGGAGGUCCAUGACCGAAGGGAAGUCGGAUUAAGUGUAAUUGUGAAUGUGUUUGUAUACGUUUUGUAUUUAUGUAUUGCUUUGGGUUUACAUACAUAUGUAUUUUAUAAUUAUUGGUACAUAAUAACUGUGAUUGUAAUGCCUUUCGGUGAUUGUAAUUAAAUCUUGGAACG